AUGGUGAUUUGCUCACCUGGCAUCCAUUACAGGACAUUGUGGGUAUUCUCAAUCUUCGGACACCAGUACGCGUACAGCUUCCCCGCCCAGUGCUCAGAUGCCCGGGGCAGUCGCUUACAGUUGGUCAACCCUGAAAGCGACAUGGGUGAAGACGGCGAAGAGGCUCAGGAUGUUGACCACUCACCUGCCGAUUGGACCAACAGUCGUACGUGCGAUCUACCUGAUGAUGAUAUUCAGAUGCCUACUCCAGAUGGCGAGGAGAACAUCGUCGGUGAUUUGGACGACGACUUCGGUACAGCCGACUUUGAUGUAGAUGCAUCUGAUGGAGAGUCGUGGACGGAGGGAGAAUCUGAUAUUGACCUUUGA